UGCAAGCAUGCAUUCAAAGUCUUCAAUAUGAAUGAUGUUUUCAUUUUGCCGCCACAAUAUAUACUAGGAAGAUGGACAAAAUAUGCGAAAAGAGGAUUUUAUGUUGAAAAACAAGGAUCCGAGGAGGAAAGUUUGAAAACACAAGCUGCACGUAUCUCAAGGAAGGCUACAUCAGUUGCAUUGAAGUGUACACGGUCAAAACAACUUCUUGAUGAUUUCGAGAAAGCUAUACAUAAGUUAGACUUGGAAGCAGAUAACACUCUUAGCAAGAUGGAGGAAAAAUCCAGCGAGGUUCCGCUAGUUUCGGCUGAGUGUGCUACAAACACAAUAAAUGGUACAAUAUCAUUCAGAGUUCCUCAGGUGGUGAAAGGCGCAAAGCGUAAACGGGCAACCAUCGGCCUCGAAAAAAAGAAAGGGAAGAAAAAUAAAAGUGCUAAAAAGAAAGGAGAAGAUCGAAAAAAUGCAGUACAAAACAGGGAUGGAGGCAUUGAUCCGAAGGAAUUGAUGGAUGUGAAUGCUGGUAGUAUUGAGAUUACUAAUACCAUGCCAAAAUUUUCAAAUAAUGUCUAUGGGCGAUCUUCGAUCAUGGCUGCACCGUUGAUCCAAGGCGGAUACGCUACUGCCACAAUGCUAAACUUUGCAAAUGAUGUGUAUGGGCAACCUUCAACCAUGUCAGCUCCUUCCAUCCAAGGCGGAUUUACAAGUCUUUUACUUGGGGUUGAGCAGGAUGCCACAUUGUCGUCAGCUGCUAGAAAGUUACCUUUUGAUGAUUAGUAUUACGCGCACCCUAUAAGGAGUACAAUUUUUUUUAUGUCAUUUGGUGUAUCUAUGAAUUAUAAUUGAUGCACUGCAGUACACUGAAUUUUGUCAUCAUCUCUGGAUUUCUGCGAGAUUACAUUGAUUAUGCGACAGAAUGUGUAAAGUGUUAAAUCUUUGAGGCCGAGCACCUGCGGAA